AUGUCUUCCAAUUCUAUUGCACAAAACAGUGACGAUUACAAAUCGUUAGAAUUAUGCACCACAAGAAAUCAGCAAAGGUUGGGCAGCGUAUUCGGUAAUUUCACGAGACAUCAUAAGAAAGGUCACAGAAGAAGAACAACUACGUCAACUACUUCGACUCAAACUACGAUCAUAUACACUACUGAAAAUAUUGAGGAAACGUCAGAGGCCUACACAACUAACGCAUAUGUAUUUAGUACUCAAUCGACAUUUCUGAAAUUGCCUAAACCGUUAAGGCUGUCGUCGUUAAUGUUAGACAAAGACUAUACAGAAGAUGUACAUAACUUUGACAACCCCCUUAAAAAGGUGGUUAAGGAUGCUGUAACCUGGAUAAGACGUAAAGAUUAUUCGCUCCUUUCCGUUGGCCUUGUUACAUACAGUGCCGAUAACAGAUUUUUUUCGGCCCACGGAAGACAUGUCAAGGACUGGGCACUACAUAUAAGAUUCGCGACAUCUGCCGACGCAGGUUACUACGAAUGCCAAGUACCAACACAUCCACCCACAAGCAUAUUCUUCAAGCUCAUUUUAGUCGCGGCAUAUGCUGAAAUUGUGGGGGAGUCUGAGAAGAUAAUCCACGAGGGUUCCAUGUUGAAACUAGUGUGCGUCGUCAAAAGAUCUACCGAACCGCCGUCUUACGUUUUCUGGUAUUUCGAGAACCGAAUGAUAAAUUACGACCUGAAUGGAGUCAGCGUAAAUAAUGGCCGGCAAACAAGCGAACUGAUAAUAGGCAAAGCCGAACCGAGGCACGCCGGAAAUUACACUUGUGUGCCAGCGAACGCCAAAGCCGCAUCUGUCACCGUACAUGUAGUGCAAAGCGAGACCCCAGCGGCGAUGCAGCACGGCAAUUCGUCCGUUACCAAGAAUCACGUUCACUGUUUCACCAGCACCAUGAUAGCUUUGACAGCUUUUAUCUUAAUAAUCAAGGAACUAUAUCAAGAAUUUGGA